GUACCUUAUGGUCUUGGACAUUGAAGAAGUUCGCGAGAAAAGGAUUACUACGCUACAACUGACUUAGCAUUCUUCGCUAUAAUGAAGAGCAACACUCAGCAGCUUCCUGAAAACGAUGUGGGACCUUUGACAGCUUCAGACAAAUUAACAAAUGGACUGCCUGCUGAUGGUUUGAAGGAUGUGGAUGAAUUGGUUCUGGAAGAUAUCCGCGAUCAGAUUCGAUAUAUCGAGAAAGCUGUGAUGACUAAGGAACUGUAUUAUAUGACCAGAGUUGUGCGUGGCUUGUCAAGUAUUCGACGUAGACUGAAUUGCAAUGUACUGAGGGGUCUAGUACAGGGAUAUUUCCCGAAUCCAUCUCCUCAGAAAACUUAUUUCCUAGAGUUUUUACCAGAGGCUAUGGACACUGACUGUCCACCCUCUCCCUUCCGUCCUCGUUCAGGGAAGCCAAAUUCUUCACUGCUCCCCGAAGUGGAGGUUUACCUGCACCUCCUAUUGCUAAUAUAUCUGAUCGACGAGAAUCACUUCGAAAAAGCUUGCUUAUGUUCUCAACUGCUGAUGGGUCGUUUGAAUGCCACCAGUCGACGUUCUAUGGCAUUACUUGCCAGUCGUUGUUAUUACUACCACAGUCGUAGCUACGAACUCGUUGGCCGUCUUGAAUCUGUACGUUCCUUCUUUCAUGCUCGCCUAUCUACUGCUACCCUUAGAUCAAAUUUUGAUACUCAAGCUGUACUUAUCAACUUAUUACUACGUAACUAUUUGCAUUAUCAACUACAUGAACAAGCACAUAAACUUGUCUCUCGUGUAGUCUUCCCAGAAAGUGCACCGAAUAACGAAUGGGCUAGAUAUCUUUAUUAUUUAGGUCGCAUUAAAGCAAUACAAUUAGACUAUUCAGCAGCUCAUGGUUACCUGGUUUCAGCCCUUCGUAAAGCUCCUCAGCAUACAGCUACCGGUUUUAAACAAGCUUUACACAAGCUAAAUACAGUUGUAGAAUUAUUGUUAGGUGAACAACCAGAUCGUUCUAUAUUUCGUCAGGCUUCAUUUAAAGCUGCUCUACAACCAUAUUUCCAAUUAACUCAAGCUAUUCACGCUGGUGACCUGUCACGAUUCAAUGAUGUUCUUCGAGUACACGGUGCUCAAUUCUCUGCAGAUAAAACCUAUACUCUAAUUAUUCGACUACGUCAUAAUGUUAUUAAGACGGGUGUACGACGAAUAUCACUCAGUUAUUCUAGAAUUUCCCUGGCAGAUAUCGCUAAGAAGCUUCAAUUGGACAGUACAGAAGAUGCAGAAUAUAUAGUUGCCAAGGCUAUACGAGAUGGUGUUAUCGAUGCUGUAAUUAAUCAUGAGAAAGGUUUUGUAACUACAAAUGAAACAUUAGAUUUGUAUUCAACACGUGAACCAUUCAACCAGUUUCAUCAACGUAUUAAAUUUUGCCUCGGUAUACAUAAUCAAGCUGUAAAAGCAAUGCGUUACCCACCAAAACAAUAUACCAAGGAUAUUGAAUCUGCUGAGGAGCGUCGUGAAAGAGAACAACAAGAGCUUGAGAAUGCUAAAGAACUCUCUGAAGAUGACUUUGAUGCAUACUCUUGAAUCUCUUAUAAGUGGCAGUAUCUCAUGGUUUAGGAAUAACAGAAUUGUCAAUUGGUUAGCUUGUGACAUCAUUAUAAUAAAAUAUGGCUAAAACAAAAUGACCACUAAUGCUGCUUAACUAACUCUUUGUGAAUUAUAUAUACAUAUGUAUGUUUUCGCCUUUCAAAUCAAUUGUAUUAUGGAAAGUCA